CAUAAACCAAAUCCAACAUGGCGAAGCAAUCAUCUUCUGAUGAGGAAUAACUAGGAAGAAAAAAAACGACAUUGUAGAAAAUGGCGGACGGAGGUAUUGGAUCAGAUGAAUUUGUCAACUUUAAAUGUUGUUUAUGUGAAAAGAAAAAUAUAACAAAAGAGGCGGAUAUUUAUUGUGUGGAAUGUCAGGAUUAUUACUGUUCACCAUGUACAGACUUGCACAAAAUGUUUCCUUUAAUGAGCACGCAUCAGUUUAUAGACAAGUCAAGUUUCAACACAGUUAGCUUACAGAAAUCGUUGCCAAGUUUUCCAGUUGAAAAAUGUGAAGUUCAUAAAACCAAGCUGCUAGAUAUGUAUUGUGCUGACCACGAUGUUGUAGCAUGUGCGACAUGUAUAGCUAUAAAACACAGAACAUGUCAAAAUAUACAUUCGAUAACAGAUGAAGUUGAUGACUUGUGUAAGGAGAUUGAUGCUGAUGAAACAAAUAUUGAGCUAAUCCGCAUAAAAACUAAAAUUGAGGAGGCUGAGAGAGCAAAGAAACUUCUUAACAAAGAGCUCAAUGCACAGAAGGAGAAGGCAACAGAGUCAAUAAGAAAAUUCAGAAAAGAAAUGGAAGUAAUACUGGACACACUUGAAAAGGCUACAUUAAAAACUUUAGAGGAAAAGUACAUAAAUUGCAAAGAAAAACUAGAGAACGAGAUUGAAAACCUACAUAGACAUAUUGAUGGACUCAGACUUUCAUCACAAAAACUAACAAAGUCAGUUGGGAAUAAAGCACAGGAGUUUGUUGCUGUGAAAACUUCUCGGAAACAAAUCAUUGAAGCUAAUGAAGCAGAGGCAGAGUUUGUGACAAAUUCAUCAGAUGUUAAAGUUGAAUUCAUUGCUGAUUCAACAAUAAAGGAUGCUUUGAAAGACUUCAAGACAUUUGGAUUCAUUUCAGUGAGUAAUACUGAAAAUAUAAGAGACAAAAUGUAUGUUGUGAAAAGCAAGAAACCAGUCAACAUUAAACAUCAAACUGAUAGGAAGACAUGUAAUGUUAUUGGUUCAUGUUUCACAGAUGAUGGACUAUUACUUCUAGCUGACCAUAAUAACCAAAAAUUAAAGCUUAUUGAUUUGUCCUCAGAAUCCAUAAAAGAUAAGAUCAAUCUCGAAGCACCGCCAUUAAGAAUUUGUCAAAUAAGUAAAAUCGACUUUGCAGUAAGUUUGAGCAAUCACACCAUUCAAUUUGUUACAAUGGGCAACAAACUUAUUACCAACAAACGACUGAAGCUAGGACAUUACUGUAACGGACUGGCCUACAAAGACAACAAGUUUUUCAUCUCUGAUUUUCAGGCAGCACUCUACAUUCAUAAUAUGAAUGGCAUUAUGUUAAAAAAAAUCACAACUGAUAAACAAGGCAAUGCAAUUUUCAAAAGAAACAGAAAUAUCAGUGUUAGCAGUGAUGGCAAGAUGAUUUAUGUCGCUGAUUAUGAUAAGGGUCUGAUUGUCCUUGAUCUUGAGGGAAAUUACAAGGCAACAAUUACUGAUCCUCAUUUUAUUAAUUUAGUUGGAGUUUGUACCGACAAACAAGGAAACAUAUUUGUGUGUGGAUGGGAUGAGUCUAAAAUUGUUCAGAUCAAUGAGAAGUCUGCUGUAAAAAUGAGCGUACUUGGCAAUGUGUCUAAUAGUUGUUCAUGUAGCUUUCAUUUUAAACAUAACAGACUGGCAGUUAUUACUUACAACAGCGAUACAAUUGAGUUGUAUGAUUUACUGUAAAUCCAAUAUACUGACACCAAUCAAACUAUUGAUGUUAAAAAAAGGAGGUUAUUUACACAUAGUGACAUACUUUUAUCACAAAUGUUUUACAACAAAGAAAAACUUCAUAUUCCUUUUAAUGAUAUCAUUUUUAUGCUUUCCUUAAAAAUGAAGUGCUAUAAGUUAAAAAAAAAAUGUUUUUUUUUCAAACAUUCAAUAAUUUUGGAAUAAGCUCUACUUAGCUUACUGUGUAAUACACAGAGGACAUGAAUGCGUGUUAGUUUAAUACUGAAUUUAUUGAACAAGUUAAGAAAAGUUAUAUAAUGCAAGCCUUUGGCGAGCAUAAUAUAUUAUUUUAUACAACAAGUUCAGUUCAAUAUAUUUAGCAAUGAACUUACACGAAUUUAAUAUUCUAUUUAUCAUAUACCAAAAGAAAGACCGUUUGAAGUGAAAAAAGAACAAUUUUUUUUUGACGCGCCUAUAGUAUGACGCUAACAAUUAGCGCGUCUUAAUUAACGCUAUGUUUGAAUAGGGCAAAUAGCGUCAGGUAUAAAUAUAUGCACGGCCGUGCAAUACCAUUUAACGGAGUCGCAAAAGCGAAUGAAGUUUUAUUAUGCAAAGAUAAAGGGGAAAUGCUUGUAUUAUAUUUCACUGCUUAUAUUAUGUGUUAUGUAUGUGCUUUUGUGUGACUGUUAUGUGAAAUAUUAUCAAGGGUUCAAUUUUUCCAAAAUGUAUGAAUGAUAGAGGCUUUAUUAAA